CUUAAGAUGGCGACGUCCUGCAGGCCAUGUGAGUUGAACUUGUUGAAGAGAUAAAAUCUAUGAUUUCGCUGCACGCGCACGUGUACGUGGCGGUAGAAAUAGUUUUGAAGGAAUAUUCUACACCGACCUCAAGCCAUGGAUUCAGAGAAAGCAGAGCACAAGCCUCAUCGUAAAGUUCACUCUGGCCCCAAGGCAAAGAAGAAGAAGGAAAAGAACAAACAUGAACAGGACCAGACUGCUCGAGAGAGGAACCCGCGGGCAUUUGCCAUCAACUCAGUCAACAAGACGGCCAGAAGUGUUCGAAGGACCUUAGAUAUCAAGACCAAGAAGCACCAUAUUCCGGUGGUAGACAGGACUCCCUUAGAGCCACCGCCUAUUGUCAUUGCCGUCGUGGGUCCGCCUAAGGUUGGCAAGAGUACCUUGAUCCGAUGCCUUGUCAAGAACUUUACCAAGCAGAAUCUUGCGUCUGUGCAAGGACCAGUUACUGUGGUCUCAGGAAAGAAGAGGCGACUGACCUUCAUUGAGUGCAACAAUGACAUCAGCUGCAUGAUAGACCUAGCAAAGGUUGCUGAUCUAGUCCUACUGCUGGUGGAUGCCAGUUUUGGCUUUGAGAUGGAGACGUUUGAGUUUUUGAACAUUGUCCAGGUGCAUGGAUUCCCCCGCAUCAUGGGCGUCUUGACCCACUUGGACCAGAUGAAGAACAACAAGGCACUCCAGAAAACCAAGAAACGCCUCAAACACAGAUUCUGGACAGAGAUCUAUCAGGGUGCCAAGCUCUUCUACUUGUCUGGCAUGGUCCAUGGAGACUACCAGAACCGAGAGAUUCUGAACCUUGGCCGGUUCAUUUCAGUUAUGAAGUUCCGUCCACUUGUCUGGCGCACCACCCAUCCCUAUGUCUUAGCAGAUAGAAUGGAAGAUCUUACUGAUCCUGAGCUGUGUCGGCAGAACUCCAAGUGUGACCGAACGGUCAGUUUAUAUGGCUACAUGCGUGGGACACCAAUGAAAAGGGGUUGCAGCAUACACGUACCAGGCUGCGGUGACUUUGCAACCAAAGACAUCUCCUUCCUCCCUGACCCCUGCCCGCUUCCAGACAAGGAGAAGAAACGCUCCCUCAACGAGAAGGAACGCUUGAUCUAUGCACCAAUGUCUGGCGUCGGAGGCAUCAUCUACGACAAAGAUGUUGUAUACAUCGACUUGGGCAGUAAUCGUCCCCAUAGUGCAACCACUCAAGAGGAGGAUAAACCAGCCAAUGAGCUUGUGUCAAGCCUCAUCAGCACCCAACAUACUCUGGAUACCAAGAUGGCCGCCAGCAAGUUGGCAUUAUUCCGGGGAUCAGAACCCAUGACGUCAGAUGAGGUUACCAGUGAUUCCCGCUUUGUCGCUGUGCCAACAGAGGAUGUCAUAGCAAUUGAGGACGGCCGCACCAGGAGGCGGGCUGUGUUUGAAGAGGAAAGUGACGAGGAAGAGGACAGUGAAGAAGAGGAUUACGACGAAGAAGAAAGUGGAAUUGAGGAAGAUGAGUAUGCUGAUGACGAUGACAUUGGAGAUGCUCAUCAUUUGUAUGAUUCCAAACAGAGUUCACAAGAACCAAGAAAGAAGAAGUUCAGACAAGAUUUUGAGGAUGUUGCCUUUGCUGAUAGUGAAGAUGAGCUUGAACUGCCUCGAGAUGUGCUACCAAGGAGCAGUGAGGCCUCGUCCAGGAGAGCCCCUAGAUUGGACGUCUCAUCGCAAAAAGGGAUGAAGAAUGCAAAGAAGGAAGAUAGGAGAACAGCAGAGAUGAGACAGGAAGGCAGAAAGGAAGAAGAUGAAGAUGAUGAUGAAGACGAUGAUUCAGGAGAUGAUAACGAAGACAGCAUGGACGACGAAAGUGACAAUCAAAGUGAAGAUGAUGACAAAAAAGCAGAAGACGAUGUUAGUGAUCAAGAUGACAUUGACUCAGACAUACAACUUUUCAGAACUAGCAUCAAGUGCAGCUCCACCAUCAAUUCCCAAACCACCAAGACAGAAAAAAACAAACUCUCUCCAGAAUCUCAUGACAAGAAGGAGAGAACUAAACGGUCAGAAGUUCGGAAGUACCAAAUCAAAGAUGACCGCCCAGAUGGUGAAACUAUAAUGAAAGCAAAACAGAAAGGAGAUGCUCCAUCAGAAGUAAUGAGUGAUCAAGAUGAAGAGGAAGAUGAUAAUGAUGGAGAUGGCAUUGACGAGGAAUAUGAUGAGGACGACCAUGAGGAGAAUUAUGGAGGACAAGAGGAGGCGAGUGAUGGCCAAGCUAGUGCCGAGGAAGGAGAGGAGUCCAUGUUUGGGUCUGGUCAUCUGAAGUGGAAGGAGAACUUACUUCAGAAGGCAUCGCAGUCAUUUUUGAGACAGCAGAACAGCAUACCCAACCUUCGCAAGCUUGUCUAUGGAAGUGGCGUUAGCCAGGAUGAUGAGGGUGAUGAAGGUGAUGAGGAUGAUAAUUUGGGAGGUCUCUUCAAGGUGAGCAGGCCGGACAAGGACUCCAAGAGCAAAAAGAGACGAGAGAUGAACAACCAAGACUGCUCUGCAUUCCCAGUGGAACACGUCCGAGACUGGACCAUUGAAGAGGUUAAGGAGCUUAUCCGUGACUGUUUUGUGACUGGACAGUGGGAGAAGGAAGAAGACGCGAAAAUGCUUCUGGAUCAAGACGAUGAACUCUACGGUGACUUUGAAGACUUGGAAACCGGUGAGGUUCACCAAGGCAGCACACACCAGGCAGAAGCAGACUCUGGGGAUGGAAGCCAUGACGAUAGUGAGGAUGACGACCAAGUCACAAAGAUGAAGGCCGAGGAAGAGAGAGAGAAGAGUGAGCGGGAGCAACGCCUGGAGAAGAAGAGGAAACUAAAGCAAGCAUUUGACCUGGACUAUGACGGAAAGGGGGAUGGGGACUACUUUGAUGACCUCAAGGCCCAAAUGGCGGACCAGGCACAGCUGAACCGGGCCGAGUUUGAAGAUCUUGAUGAUGAACUCAGGACGCAAUAUGAGGGUUUCAGACCAGGACUGUAUGUGAGGGUUGAGGUCUCUGGUGUUCCCUGUGAAUUUGUAACCAACUUUAACCCAACGUACCCCGUCAUUCUCGGUGGCCUAUUGAGCAGUGAGGACAGCAUUGGCUAUGUUCAGAUGAGGCUCAAGAAACACAGGUGGCAUAGUCGCAUCCUCAAGACCCGAGACCCUCUCAUCUUCUCGGUGGGCUGGCGUAGAUUCCAGACUAUCCCACUGUACUGCAUGCAGGAUCACAACAUGAGGACCAGACUACUCAAAUAUACACCUGCACAUCUGCAUUGCACCGCCUGCAUAUGGGGUCCCAUAACUCCUCAAGGGACAGGGGUUCUGGCAGUGCAGUCGGUAGCUGGCAGAAAUCCGGGUUUCCGUAUUGCUGCCACUGGAGUCAUCCUAGACUUGGACAAGUCUCUCAAUGUUGUCAAGAAACUGAAGCUGGUAGGAACACCCAUCAAGAUCCACAAGCACACCGCAUUCAUCGGGGGUAUGUUCAAUACCCCACUGGAAGUUGCAAGGUUUGAGGGCGCUUCAGUGCGCACCGUCAGUGGAAUCCGAGGCCAAAUUAAGAAAGCAUUGAGGACACCGGAGGGAGCUUUCAGGGCGACGUUUGAAGAUAAACUACUCAGAAGUGAUAUCGUGUUUAUGAGAACGUGGCUGCCAAUUGAAAUUCCCAAGUUUUACAAUCCUGUGACAACGCUACUCCUACCGAAGGAUGAGAAGGAUUCCUGGACAGGGAUGCGGACCGUGGGCCAACUCAGGAAAGACAAGAACAUCAAGGCAGUCAGCAAUCCGGACUCCAUCUACAAGCCUGUAGAGCGAAAGCCUCGCUACUUCAAUGCCCUGCGUGUGCCCAAGUCACUUCAGAGGGCGUUGCCCUUCAAGGAUAAGCCCAAGUCAGAGAAAAAGAGGAAGCCAAAACACGGUGGAGGCAAGAACUUCCGGGCAGUUGUCCUUGAGCCACAAGAAAAGAAGGUGGCAACAUUGAUGCAUCAACUGAGCACAUUGUACAAGGAGAGACAGCGGAAGGAAAGACAGACCAUGGCACAGAGAGUCAAUCUUCACAGACAGAAGAUGAAAGGCAUUGAAGCACAGAGGGACAUGCGUCAGAAGGAAGCAAAGCAGGAGCUGUACCGAGCACUGGGCAAGAUGCAGAAGAGGAAAGAGAGAGGGAAGAAACGAGACUAGGUACCAGACAUCGUUGAUUUCAGUCCAGCAGUGAGAACUUUGACAAAGCAGAGAAUUCAGAUGCAGCAUGAGAAAGGAUCAAGCUAGCUUUGUCUUGAGGAAAAGAGCACAGCGAAGAAAGAACAGGAAAAGGUACCAGACAUCAUUGAUGUUAACCCUGCAGCAAGAACCUGUACAGAAUUAAAAUGUACCAUCAGAAAGGAUCCUUCUCAGUCUUGAAGAACAUUGCGUCAGGGAAAGAACUACUACUUGAUGGUAACCUCCAGUUAAAACUCCAGUGAGAGUAUUUUGGAGGAAGCACUACAAAGUGCCAAGUUGUCUGAAUCAACCAUGUGCUUCAGACAAUGAUAAUAUCUGACCCAUUCUCCCAGAUGAAAAGCUCAUCAAAAACUUACAGACCAUGCAAUCAACAAAGACCCUAGAGCCUGGGUGCCGGGUGCUUUUAAAAAUGCCCUGCACACGUACCAGAGAUUUCCAAGAUUUUCAGUUUUCAAAAUUCUUCAAA